UCUCAAGAAGGAAGGAAUCCCAUGGCGGUUCGUGCUACUGGUCGCCAGGCCGCGCUCGUGGGCGGACGCCUCGUGGCGCGCGCUGCCGCCCCCUCGACGCUGGCCAAGGCCUCGCAGACGCAGACGCGCUCGUUCUACACCAUCUUCGAGAAGUACAUGGAGGCCAACAAGCGCUACGGCUGGAAGGGCACGCUCUGGAAGCUCUACAACCCGGGCGACGUCAAGUUCGGCCGCUUCGUGGGCGAGGACGAGAACGGCUUCAAGUACUACGAGGACCCGACGGAGCUCUACGGCCAGCACCGCUGGACCGAGUACAAGGUGGACUCGUGGGAGGAGGUGGAGGGCACGCUCAUCCCGCCGCAAUGGCACCUCUGGAUGCACCACCUGACGGACUCGCUGCCCGGCCAGGGCGGCCAGGACCCGGCCAACUGGGAGAAGAAGGAGACGGUGGCCCACUCGGACGCGCCCUACGUCAACCACCUCGGCGAGCACGUGCCGUACUACCCCAACAAGACGCUCUACCGCUCGCGCGGCUACAACAUCGGCAGCCUGGCCACGGACGUGGACGAACCGGACCAGUACUACCUGCAGCCGGGCCACCUGCGCCGCUCGCGCAAGCGCAACCCGCACUACUUCGCCGACGUCGACUACAACAACCCGGAGAACUCGGACGAGAGCCGCGCCGACUCGCUGCGUCCCGCCGACAUCAACUAAGUUGGAGGAAGAAUAGGAAGGGCAGAUAUUCUGCCUGCCAUUCUACCCAAGUGUUGAUGCAAUGAAGUAAGCGACGGGAAUGAAACAAAUGAUGAAAAAC